AUGCCGCCAAGCAACAGCAAGCCGUGCCACAACUGCCGUCGUCGACGCCUGCGCUGCGACCGCUCGUGGCCGACAUGCCACAAAUGUGCGGUCUCGGGGCAGGACUGCCUCGGGUAUGGCAAGGUUUUCGUCUGGACACAGGGGAUUGAUUCCCAGGGCAAUGUCAACCCGCCGCCCGGACGGAGGGCGGCCGACGAAGGUGGCCCGGCCGGCCAGCCGCAGCAGCUCAGCCAGAUGGGCCAGAUGGGUCAGACGAGCCAGAUGAUGGGUCGUCAGCUAGACCAGCCGCCUUCGGAUUCCAUCCCGACCUCGACCAGUCCAGGCAUGGAUGAUGAGAUGGACAUGUCCGGCGAGCACCACUAUCACCAACAGACGUACCAACAGACGCACCAACAGACGCACCCGCACCAGCAGCAGCUACCCUGGCAACGUCCUGGAGCUUUGACCGAUCCCCUCUUCCAGGACCUCGAUCGCAACUCACGAUACUACCUGGCGCACUUUGCCGACCGCGUGUGCAAAGACCUCGUGGUGCGAGACACGCCUGAGAGCAAUCCCUUUCGCGAGCUGCUGCCGUUGACGCGGAAUCACCCUCUUCUGCUGCAGAUUCUCAUCGCGACAUCGGCUAUCCACUGGUCCAACAUCUUCCGCCCUAAUUACACCAUACCUGCCGGCCUCACCGACCCGGGCGGCCAUCUCUCCCUGCUUCGCUCCAAGGACCUUGUGACCUGUCAAGCCCUGAUCGAUGCAUUGACGGCUAAGCAAAAGGCCAUGAGCCACCUGCGCGGGGUGCUCGACACGCUCGACCCCGCCGGCAGUGAGGUUGCAUUGGCCGCCAUGCAGCUUUUCAUCAAAUUCGACCUAAUCGAUCUCGACAAGUCCGAUGGACAAAGCUGGAAGGCCCAUCUGGAAGCUGCCACGAGCAUCAUGGCGCUACUCAGCCCGGACAGCUCCACCAGUUCCUCCAGUAGGAUGCUGCGGGACCGGGUCAUUUCCGACUGCUUCAUCUACCACAUUUUGGGCUCGACACUGGCAUCCGGGGGGCUUGCAGCCCGGAUUGCCCGCCACGCCUUCGAGUUCCUGCCAGUCAUGCAGCGGGUCGAACUAACCAGUUUCCUGUCAUGUCCGACGGAAAUUUUGCAAAUCAUUCUGUCAGCAUCCCAGCUGUCACAUGAGACCCCGUGGGCAGAUUCUUUUCUCCCAGCGGCUGACGAAGCGCUGUCACUUAUCGAUCAGGCGCUUACGAUGGACAUCCCGGCGUGGGCCGCUCACCUCCAGAGGCACGGCAAUGUGACGGACUUGGAGAGUCGUGUUCAUCUAGCUUCGGCGCACCGGUCCGCGGCAUGUCUUUACAUUCUGCAAGCGCUGCCAUUGGUGCGAGCGGUGAGGCCGGUUGACACGGAUGUCCUCGUGGGCGACAUCUUGACCAACCUUGCCUUCAUUGGCGAAGAUGACCCGUACUUCAAGGCCACGUCAUGGCCAACCUUUAUUGCUGGCGCAGAGACGCGUGAUCCCGAGAAGCGAACGUGGUCGUUGACUCGGUUGUUUGCCAUUUGGGAGAUCUGCCCGUGGGGCUACCUCUUCACAGCCAUCGAGAUGCUCAAGGCAACGUGGGCGCUACAGGACUCUGGCAGAGGGCAUCAAGAGGGGGCGGGGGUUAACUGGCUGCGGGACCUGCGAGGGCUUGGGUUUGAGCACUUGAUUGUUUGA